AUGGCAUGUUCUUUGGAAACAGGAAAGAAUCGAAGGCUGAAGCAGGCGAAAGAAGAAGCACAGGCAGAGAUCGAGCAGUACCGCCUGCAGAGGGAGAAGGAGUUCAAAGCCAAGGAAGCAGCGGCACUUGGAUCUCAUGGCAGCUGCACCACUGAAGUUGAGAAGGAGACCCAGGAAAAGAUGAGCGUCAUCCAGCAGAACUUCCAGAAGAACCGUGACGUGGUCCUGUCCCAGCUGUUGUCACUGGUGUGUGACAUCAAACCCGAAAUCCAUGUGAAUUACCGCAUCAACGGGUAGUAGUGGAAGAAGGAAUGGGCAUACUGGAAAUGCUGGUAGUAAUGUCCGGGCUUCAAGCGGAACGUACAGCUCUUAGCCAUACCUUACCUGUUCUUCUUGUGAAUGUGUUAAAUUAUUUCAUUGAGUUGUAGGUCAUCAGUAUCUUGGUGGAGUUCUGUUAGUUCUGUUAGUUUCUCUCUUG